UUUCUGAUAUGGAUUUUGAUGGAUGCAUGGGAGUCUCCCAGGAAAAGAACACCAGGCAGGGGGAAGCACGUGCAAAGCGCCUAGAGAAUGAAAUGGAAGUGUGGCAGCCUCACACACCCCCGUCCAACAGUCUGCACACAGUGAAGGGAAGUAAUAAAGGUUUCAGUCUCAGCUUCAAAAGAACAAACACACUCAAAACAAAGGAAGCCAGUGGUGCCUGCAGAGGAAGCAGGAAGCCGCCAGUCCCGGGCCCUGUGCGGAGCCCGGCUGCCGGAGCUCAGGGACAGCACUGGGGACAGCGGGAUGGAGUCCGUGGCCCUGUACAGCUUCCAGGCCACAGAGAGCGAUGAGCUAGCCUUCAACAAGGGCGACACACUCAAGAUCCUAAACAUGGAGGACGAUCAGAACUGGUACAAGGCUGAGCUGCGAGGAGCCGAGGGCUUCGUCCUCAAGAACUACAUCCGUGUCAAGCCCCACCCCUAUGGGGACCAGGUGCAGCAUUUCAAGGUGCUGCGAGAGGCCUCGGGGAAGUACUUCCUGUGGGACGAGAAGUUCAACUCCCUCAAUGAGCUGGUCGAUUUCUACCGCACCACCACCAUCGCCAAGCGGAGGCAGAUCUUCCUGCGUGACGAGGAGCCUCUGCUACAGUCGCCCCGUGCCUGCUUUGCUCAGGCCCAGUUCGACUUCUCAGCCCAGGACCCUUCACAGCUCAGCUUUCGCCGCGGGGACAUCAUUGAGGUCCUGGAGCGCCCGGACCCCCACUGGUGGCGAGGCCGGUCCUGCGGGCGCGUGGGCUUCUUCCCGCGGAGCUACGUGCAGCCCGUGCACCUGUGAGCGCGUGGAGCCCAGCCGGGCGCAGCGCGAUAGGACUCGGACGCCGGCUGCGCGAUUACAGAGGGCUCAGCGCAGAGUCUGAGACUCAACUUUGGGUCCGUGCUUCCGGGCCCCCUUUCACACAAACCAGGGGAAGCCCCCAUCGCCCCUGAGCUGCCACUAUUCAGAGCGCGCGGAGAGGGGGCGCCAAGGUUCCCGCCUGGCCGCUUCCCAUUGGCCGUGAGCGAUGUGACGUCACGGGACGGCCUCUUCAGAGGCCCCUUCUACCGCCCGCAGAGGUCAAAUCCAGGGGAGCGCUGAGCACUGGGCUCUGCUUAGAAUCCUGGACGCACCUGAGCAGAUCGCCUGCAGACAGGCCCUCGGCUGACCGGGAGCUAGCUCAGCUUCGAAGGACCUGGACUUACUGGGACCCUUGCUUCACCACAGUCCUAUGCCUUUGGGCUCCACCUGGGACACGCGGGCCUCUCCCCCUACAGACAUUUGGGGUGGGGCUGAGGCCUGGAGACCAGAACAGGCACGGGAGGGAAAACAGGGUGGGCUGCUGUGACUUUCCUCUGUCCUGCCUCUGCACAGACCAGGUUCCUGCAUUUGCUGGGAGACAGGGCCAUCCACAGGCCAGUGGGAUGUUGGGGCCAGAGCAGGAUUUUGGUCGAGGCAGCCCUGCUAGAGGCCUGGCUCGGGUGAAGAUGAGAUGUCUAGAUGGAAAAAAUAGACACCUUCGGAGUAGGAAGAUGCAAGUGGGUCUUGGGAAGGGCUGGAAUGCCAGGCAGCUGGUGGCGGGCCCUUGAACAGGGUGAAAGGAAGCUCCCUCACCCACCAGGAGCAGGCAGGAUGGAGGAGGAGGAGCCCAUGAAGGCUGCUGCAGCCACUUUAGAAGGACCUAUGUUGUAGGCAUGUGGGGCUUCCUCUCUGUCCAGAGCUGGCCCACCACCCUUUGAGUACUGAGCCCUGGCAAAUUGCACUGCUCCUAACAUGGGCCUGUGUAUUAAAAAUAAAAACCGUGGAAUUAUCAUAA